UGUCUCUGAACGCCCCGAAGAGGAUCGGAAGCGAAAGGGUGGCGGAACUCAAACCCUACUAUCAACCAAAACAAUCGAAGCGCCCUAUAACAAAAUUUCGAGUCCGCGAUUUCUCCACUGAAUCCAAUUACUUCCAAGGUUUCGAAUGCAUUUCAAGUUGGUUGCGAGUUUGUAAACCUCUCGCCAGAUUCUCCAUUUGGAGCUUUCUGCGAGAUCUAGGGUUUAUUUUCCCCGCAGCUCCUGAAUCGUUGGUCGGUUUUGGCGUUUUGCAAAGCUGGCUAUGGACUACGAGCCUUACGACAGUAGUGGAACUGAUGAUGAUUUGCCCCCAUCACAUCAAAAUAGGCAUACAAGAGGGGGUCGUGUUGCAGGCAAUGGAAGAUCUGCUGUUAUGGGUUCUGUCCCAUACCCUAGAAUGUACGGUGAAACUGACAUGGAGGCCCAAAUUCACCAGCUUGAGCAGGAAGCUUACAGUUCAGUCCUAAGAGCCUUUAAAGCUCAAGCUGAUGCCAUUACUUGGGAGAAGGAAAGUUUAAUAACUGAACUUAGAAAAGAAUUGAGAUUAUCAAAUGAAGAACACCGAGAGCUUCUUGGCAGGGUUAAUGCCGAUGAUGUUAUCCGGAGAAUAAGGGAGUGGCGACAAGCUGGUGGAUUUCAAGCUGGCAUCCAUGGCACUGGUCAAGCUGUUCAUGAUCCAGUGCCCAGUCCCACUGUCUCAGCAUCUCGCAAAAAACAGAAGAUAAACAUGUCUGUACCUUCUCAAUCAUUUGGUGGGCCAACUCCUUUCCAUUCACAAACAGUGGCUGCUUCAACCCAACCAUCUUCUUCAGCUGCGAAACGAGGACCUCUUGUCAGAGCCAAGGGCAAGAAGAAUAAAUCAGGUCAGAUGUUAUCAAAGGCAUCCUCAAUGAAAAUGCAAUACCCUGUAUCGGGUCCAACUGGAAGGGGUCAGAUUGGUAAUCGGUUUUCAAGUGAACCUGCUGAAGGAGCAUCAUUUGAUCCUUUGAUUGGGAGGAAAGUCCGGACCAGGUGGCCUGAUGAUAAUAAUUUUUACGAGGCUGUUAUUACCGACUACAAUGCUGUUGAGGGAUGCCAUGCUCUAGUUUAUGAUGCUGGUACUGCAAAUGAAACAUGGGAGUGGGUCAAUCUUGCAGAGAUUUCUCCUGAAGAUAUUCAAUGGGAGGGUGAAGACCCUGGGAUUUUUCAUCAAGGGGGCUAUGGUGGAUCAGGAUCAGGACAUAUGAUGGGAAGAUCUGUUGGACGUGAUGGUGGUUCUGCAGGAGGAAGAGGUAGGGGGGUCACAAAGGGUCAUUCGAGGAAGGAUAUUCUACCGUCGCAGAAUGGCAUAGGAAAGAAAGGAUUAGAUGAAAUUAAGAUACUUCACACAGAUACUCUAAUUAAGGAGGUGGAGAGAGUUUUUAGUGGUAGCCAUCCUGAUCCAGUUGAAGUUGGUAGAGCAAAGAAGGUGCUGAAGGAGCAUGAGCAAGCACUCAUUGAUGCAAUUGCCCGACUUGCAAGUAUAUCUGAUGGUGAAAGUGUUCCGUGUUGGAACAAACAGAAAUCAAGUCGUCUUAGAUGAAGGUGACCGUUUCUUGCCCAUGGAGCAAGAAUGUUGAACCAAGAUUGUGGACGGGAACAACGAAGGCAGAUGCCAUGGGCCAUGACCGCCUCUUAACUCUGAAUGGGUAGAAACGCAUUCAAAUGGGGCAAUCCAUCCAAAUCCGAGUGGGGAGCAGACGUGCAUGAACUCUUCCAUUUAUUGAACCUAGCCGACCUUGUGACUGCAGCAAGGCUGUGGUCUUUGUUGUACGAUGCCAUCCGCUAUUUGUAAGUUUUGAACAUUGACACGUGCUAGAGUAUAGUAGGCAAAAUUGUUAGAUGAAGUUAGUUGUCUUCAUAAGCAGCGACAGGGGAGCGUUAUGAUUCGUGUAAAAUUAUUUUAGUAUUUAUCUAAUGGUGUUGUACAAAGCAUUUUGUUUUUAUGCGGA